AAACACUUGCAAUGCUCUCUCGGAGCCAUCUGGCUUGGCAGCACCACUGCACGGCGUAAUCACCGAUCCCUUUUCUCAAGCCUCCGGAAAACCUGCUACUACUACGUGUUCUUCUUUUUUUUUUAAGUUUUGUAGCCGAGCGUGCCACAAUCGCCGCCUUCCAUUUCUCCGAAAGGGUUCAGGGACGCAGUCUCUCUUCAAUCGAAGCUUCCCCGUCCCUCGGAUCAACUUGUGUGCGUAUUCUUUUUUUUUCCUCCUCACAUUUGUUUAUUUCAGUCUCAUUCCUCGUCGUAAGUGCAACGACCGUGACAGUUUGACAGCGGUCGUCCUGCAGCUCCGGACGCCAUCAGCGAUCAUUUAAAGCCGAGGAAGACAUCUCCCGAAGCAGGAAAUGCCGACUUCUGCUGUCCUCCAAGGUUAGGAAACACGCGUUCCCUUUCCAACAGCUCCUUGGUCAGAAGAACCAGUCUCCGGGCGACGUAGAGCGGCUUCGAUCUGCGCCGGGGGUGAACGCUGCUGCGAGCGACGUCCUCUUGCGCUUGUGUGUCCGUGCGCGUGCCGCUAUCUUCCGCCGCCGAGCUCUUCGGUCACAACCGUAUCUUAUUUUUAACCAGACAUCCAUCCACAAGGACGGCCGCGCUUUGUUCCGGAGUCGAUUGUGGACAUUAUUCGACGUCGAGAUACAGAAGGUGUCGGUCUCGGAUGCUGGCAACGCGCAUUGCUUGACGAGACGAGAUGGGCUCCACCGAUGCUUCUCCCAACGCGACGACGACGACGCUCAUUGAAGAUUUGCUCAACGCCGCCGCGAACGCGACCAACAGUUCCCAGCCGGUCAGCACCGAUGUGCCGGUGAUCAAGAAAGUGCAUGAUGUGAUGAUCGUGUUGAUCCUCGUCUCCAUCAUGUUUUCCAUGGGAUGCCACAUCAAACUGUCCGAGUUCUGGUCCCACCUCCGACGUCCUUUCGGCAUCGUGGUGGGCAUGCUGAGCCAGUUCGUGGUGAUGCCGCUGAUCGCCUUCGGCCUCAUCUCGGCCAUGCGGCUCAGCGGCCUGUACGCCAUCGGCAUGCUCGUCAUUGGCUGCUGCCCCGGAGGUGCCGUGUCCAACAUCUUCGCCUACUUCUGCGACGGCGACGUGCCCCUCAGCAUCGCCAUGACUCUGUGCUCGACCGUGCUGGCAAUGGGCAUGAUGCCGCUGAACAUGCUGAUGUACGGCCAGUACGUGGACACCGGGGACAUCGUGAUCCCCUACUCCAGAAUGGCCACGAGCCUGGUCAUGGUCUCGGUGCCGGCCGGCUUCGGCAUUCUCUUCAACUGGUUCUUCCCAAAAAUAUCGCCGUACAUUACAAAGUGGGGCAGCAGCGUCGGAGGUCUGAUCAUCGUGGCGUCACAGAUCAUGGAGGUGUUCAUCUUCCCCGACCUGUUCAGCGGCAUUCCGCCCGAGCUGUACGGAGCCACCCUGAUCAUGCCCCUGACGGGCAUGGUCGCGGGCUACGGCGCCAGCUGGGUCUGCCGGAGGCCCGAAGCCGUGCGCAGGACGGUGGCCAUCGAGUCUGGCAUCCAGAACGUGGGCACGGCGCUCACCAUCGUCUCGCUCUCGUUCCAGUUCGAGGACCAGAAGAAAGCCUUGGUGUUUCCGUGGCUCUACGCAUUCUCCAUGAGCUUUUUGAGCUUUUUGAUUUGCGUGACGUACCACUUCUACAACAAGCAUUGCUCUCGAUCCAAAUCCCACGACCUUACCGAUAGCUGCAACACCGUCCAGUCGGUGGUCGACAAGAAAGAAAAUGAGAAGGCACAGCUUGGUGAUCAUCGCAUCAUCGGCCAUGGCGUAUUCAACCCUACAUUUCAAAACUGAUGGUACCUAGCCAUCGAGACAAUUCUUGCCAAGCGGAGCUCGCUUCUUGUAGUGUCAGGGACCUUUUACAAUGAACCCAGGUGGCCCUUCUGACAGCCCAGGCUUGGUAGAACUUACAUAAAUGCCAGCUGUGGAAUGUCAGGAAAGGAUAUGAAUGGUUCAAUGCCGAU